CAUCGCUUGAAAUCGUCCGUUAACUUCGUACCAAUUAUUUGAAUUUUUAAAAAAGAAGAAAAAUCUGAAACACGAAAAAAGUGGCGGGAAAAAUAUCUGUGUGAUUCCUAACCGUUUGAGAAUUUAAAAAAAAAAAGAAAGAAAGCAUAAUUGAUUGAUUUAAUCAUCAUUAUGACUACCAUCUGAUUAUUCUCCGAUGAUUUUUUUUAAUGAAUAAGGAAAACCAAAACGAAACGAAACUAGAUACGACGAAAAAUCUAACCACCUCGGAAGUGAAUUAACAACGAGACCAAACUCCGGAUAAAGUGACCCGACGACCUUUCACCUUUGACCUCUCGCGGCUACCGUCUUGACCUGGAUCGGACGGUAAUGUGACCUGCCUUAUCAGCCCCAUCGGUGUCCGGGUUCAUCGCAUGCCGAGCUGCCGAUAAGGAAAGAAGCUUCAUGCCUAAAUUCGGAUAAGAAAGAGGAAUAUAGACGAAAGCGAAGGGAAAAAGGGAAGGAAAGGAAUAUAUAAGUGAUAAGAAGGGAUAAUAGAAGGGAGGAAAAGAAUAGAAAAAAAGGGAAAAGGAAAAAAAAGAGAUAUAGAAAGAGAAAGAGAGAGAAAGGAAAAGAAAUAAUGGAAAGUUAACAAAUCGCCAUUGGACUGAUUGAUUGACUGAACUUGACUGAUCCUUCUGCGGAUUUUUUUAUUUGGCGAAAACGAGAAGCGAAGGAGGCCGAGAUGUCCUCCUCGCCCCCCCGACUUACCCUCCAAAACGACUCCUUCUCCAUCGAGUCCCUCUUGUCCUGCAGACGACCCGAGUCCCACGCCCCACACCAGGUCGUCUCCUCCCAGGUCCUGUCCCCUCUCCCCCCCUCUCCCACGACCACCACCACCUUCCUCCCCCCUCCCCCUCCACCUGCACCCCAGGUCACUCUCCCUCAAGGCCCGCCGCCUCUCCCCGUCCUCCUCCCGAGCCUCAGACACGAUCCUCAAGGGCGACCGACGAAGCUCCCCGAACUCUGCCGGAGGACGACCUCGCCCCAGCCCUCGGACCUGACCCCGGCCUCGCUCUACUUCGCGAGCUUGAGGGCGAGCUCCGAGCCUCCUCCUCCUCCUUCCAAGCGCCUGCUCCAGCCGCCGCGUGUCGAGGGGGACAUCACCAGUUCGAGAGACGGCGUCGAGGAGGAGGUCGAAGGGGAGGAGGGCGACCUAGACGACGAGGAGAUGCGCGAGUGUGACCCCGGCGUCGAGGAUGAGGUGGAGGACGACGACGACGAGGAGGACGUGGUCGUCGACGAUGGCGGGAGCUCGCACUCGACCGAGGGGGACGUCGGAGUGUCGACUUCCUCGCCCUCGGAGCCGCAGCAGAGUGACACCGAAGACUCAAGAACAACGGAAGAACGGAAGAAACGGCCGAGAACCGCCUUCACCGCCUCGCAGAUCAAAGCUCUAGAACAAGAAUUUGAGAAGAACAAAUACCUGUCAGUAAGCAAGAGACUCCAGCUCUCCAAACAGCUCAAGCUCACGGAGACGCAGAUCAAAAUCUGGUUCCAGAACCGCCGGACGAAGUGGAAAAGGAAGUACACGAACGACCUGGAAUUGAUGGCACAACAGUACUACUCCGCCCUGGGAAUCCUCAGCCCCCGGCCCAUGGUGGUUGGGGAUAGAUUAUGGUUGUUCAGCUACCCGAUGGGCCACCCGAACCAGCACACUGUCGGUCACCAUGGCAACGGGCUGCCUCCCUUACCCUCGCCGCUCCCCUCGCCCGGCCUCCCUCACCUGUCACCACACUGCCUCCCUUCCCUCCCACUCCCCUCCUCAUUGGUCGCUCCGUCUGGGGAACGACCAAUCGUACAACCGAGUCCCAUUAACCCUCUCAUAGACCGGCAUAUGAUUGGUGGAUCCCACAGUUUGCCGCCGAGUUCCCUGUCUCCUAUUGGUUCAGGGUCACUGCCCACUCUGACGUCACCAAUGUUUACACACGGCUCGACCAAUCACCUCUCGGCGUUGAGCUCGCUGCACAACACGGUGAACAGUCUCGGGCAUCCAAAUCAACACGAGAACAGAUCCGGCGUUUAGAACAAGAAGAGAUUCGCAACUUUUCCUAAAUACGCUUCCUUGACAAACAAAAAUGGAGUUCCUACACAUAACUUAAAAUGUCUAAUCAAGUCUGAAAAGACUCGUUACUCGCAAGUCAUCUUAUCUGAGCCUAUAAGAGAGAUGACUAAGCAGGUUUUCUUUGUUAAGGCUAAAAGUGACAAAUGCCACUCCUUCCUCUAUUAACUUAUUAUGACGA